GAGGGCGGCGGGGCGGCCACGAAGUGCCGGGCGUGGUGACCGUCUGCAGGGGUUAAAGGCAGCGCUGCGGCGGGACGGGCUGCUGAGUGCUAAAGGCUGCCCGGCAGUGUUAGAGAGAAUGGAACUGGGAGGGUCUCGAUGGUACAACAGACGAGUGCUGAGCGCAGGCGCUGCGUUAUUUGGUUUACAGCAGUACACGGUUGUGUAGUGCACAAACAUAAAAAACGCAGAAGUUAAACAUGGUGGAACUUGUGGCCGUACAAGGAGCUCACAGCUACUGAAGGUUUCACUACCAGGUGGUGCCGUCAUGUCGUUUUUAGCCUUUGUGAGCCUUCUUAGUGCUCUGUGCAGCAGCUGUUCCUGCCCGAGUCCUGCUCUGUGCUUCAUAUCCCCUCAGUGCAUCUCCUGCCCCCGUCCUGGUUCCUUGCUUCGUCCUGUUGCCCGUUUCCCUUUUCCCUUGGUACAGCCGAGAAGGCGCAGGGAUGACGAGGAGCAGUGAAGCCUUUGUGUCCAUUUUCCAGUAGACCAGCUGUGCCUUUAGCCCUCUUUCCUUUCUCCAACUUCUCACGCUCCUACUAACCCUUGCACUAAGCACACCAAGGCCUGUCUUUGUAGAGGUGCUGCAGUGCCGACUGAAGAUGGGAAUGUUCUUUUCAGAAUCGAGAUCUCAAGGAAAAGAACUUUCCACAUCUUCCGUCUGACUGUGCCUGACAGUUUGGCACCUACCCAGGUCGUUUCAGGAAGAAAAAGUCCAACGUGACCUGUGGUGGUGCAGGUAAUUGCUUGGCUAGAAGCGAGGAAUGUGAUAAAAAGGGAGAGGUAGUGCUUUAUCUCAGACGUCACAUUCGAGUCUCAGUCUUUGUUCUUGCUUCCCGUAGCCGUUAGUUCAGAGUAGUUGUCAGUUUUUAGAAGUAAAGCCGAACUGUAGUUUUGGGUGAUUUCUGUUUCCAUCCCAGCAUGUUUGUGGCCUGCUCUGCUCGUAGCUGGAGAUUUGCAUUCAUUUAGCAGUCUUUCUGUACAUGUAGCUGUACUGGUGCCAGCUGUGUAGGGCCGAUGGAACAGGGUUCUGCUGCUUUCACAGAACUGGCAAUGCAGAUGUUUAAAGAGCAGAUAGUUUGAAAACAAAGGCAAAGAUACCUUUUUAAUAGUAUAUAAAUAUAUAAAUAAUACCUUUCAGCUGCUUCAUGCGAGCUUGUUAGGAAAACUUAUGGUUUUUUUCCCCAUGUAAAUACUGUUAAAGAUGUUGUAUCUGUGGUGCAACCCGAAGUAAUGUUUUGACUUCAAAUGGUAGGAAGAGAUAUUUGUUUGGUAAGUUGUUAGCUUAGUGACUAGGUUGUACAGUGCAUACGUGCUCUAUUAUGUUUUGUGCAGGUGCAACUGAGAACAAAUUUGAACAGCAAACUUAUUAGCAUAAAUGGAAGUACUGGAACAAAGUAUGUUGCCAUUGCCCUAAAAUCAGAUAAUUUUUAUGUGAGCUUCAAAGUUGUGUUGCACGCUUGCAAGUUGACUUAAAUAAAAAUUAAAAUAUGUCUUAGCAUAACCAAAUUAAAAAAUCAAAACCUCCUCAUUUCCAUGUUGUGCAUAUGCUCUGCUUUAGGCUGAGAAUAAAACAGUACGUAUGAGAAGAAUUAGCCUCUCAAAUCCGUUGUUUCUUCCAGGAGAAUGUAUAGAAUGUAUCUUAGGUGUAUCUUAGUAAGGUGGCUAUGUACAUCUUUUAUUUAUUUAUUCUUUAAGUAGAUUAAAUGGCGACAUUAAUUCGCACUUUAACGGAUCAUAGCGAUGAUGUCAACUGCUGUGCCUUCUCGUCGUCAUGUUUGGCUACUUGUUCCUUGGACAAAACAAUUCGUGUUUACUCUUUAAACGACUUCACUGAGCUCCCAUACUCGCCUUUGAAAGGUCAUACGUACGCUGUGCACUGCUGCUGCUUCUCUCCAUCAGGACACACUUUAGCUUCGUGUUCAACAGACGGUGCUACUAUUGUCUGGGACACUCACGAUGGUCAGAUGCUGGUGGUGCUGGGGCAGCCCAGUGGCAGCCCAGUCAGAGUCUGCCGCUUCUCUCCUGACUCCACGUAUCUGGUGUCGGGUGCAGCCGAUGGAAGUAUCGUUCUUUGGAACAUGCACUCAAUGAAAUUCUACAGAUCUGGGAAUGUUAAAGAUGGUUCCUUGGUGGCCUGUGCAUUUUCUCCAGGUGGAGAUUUCUUUGUCACUGGAUCAUCAUGUGGUGAUUUGACUAUGUGGGAUGAUAAAAUGAGAUGUCUGUGUAAUGAAAAAGCGCAUGAUCUUGGCGUUACCUGCUGUGAUAUUUCUUCACAUCCAGUUUCUGAUGGUGAACAUGCAUCCGGAUGCUUCCAGAUGGCUUCUUGUGGUCAAGAUAAUAAGAUCAAAGUCUGGUUUAUUUUGUUUGUGGGCUUCUCAGGUGGUGAAUUAAGAUAUAAGUACACAUUGAGUGGACAUUCUGCCCCAGUUCUGGCUUGUGCAUUUUCGUAUGAUGGGCAGUUGUUAGUUUCCGGGUCUGUGGACAAGUGUGUCAUAAUAUAUGAGACUAAUACUGGCAAUAUCCUUCAUACUUUGUCUCAGCAUACCAGGUACGUCACAACUUGUGCCUUUGCACCAUGUCGUCUCUUACUUGCCACGGGUUCAAUGGAUAAAACUGUGCACAUAUGGCAGCUGGACAACAAGAAGCCCUGUGCAGGAAACGCUAUAGAAAGUGACUCUGAGAUGAGAACUGCUGAGAACUGGUCAGAGGAGGAUGUUUCAGCCUGGCUUUGUGCACAAGGCUUUGCAGAGCUUGUUGGGCUUUUCAAGGCGAAUGACAUUGACGGCAAAGAACUUCUGAAUCUCACAAGAGAAAGUCUGAAUAAUGAAUUAAAAAUUGAGUCUCUUGGCCUGUGCAGUAAAAUCCUUCAGAAGAUUGAAGAGCUGAGAAUGAAAACUGUCCCUGUUUCUGCUGUUGUUCCUGAUGAAUUCUUAUGCCCUAUAACACGGGAGCUCAUGAAGGAUCCUGUAAUUGCAGCAGAUGGGUAUUCCUAUGAAAAGGAGGCAAUGGAAAACUGGAUCGGCAGUAAAAGGCGAUCUAGUCCCAUGACAAACCUUCCUCUUUCCAGCCUUGUGCUUACACCCAACAGGACACUGAAAAUGGCCAUCAGCCGUUGGUUGGAGACUCAGCAGAAAUGUGGCGACACCACUUCGUUUUGAAGCUGUUCACUAAAAUGAAGAAAGGAGAAAUUCCACAGUGCUCAGAUGUCCUUCACAAGAAGCCACCAUGAGCGGAGUCCUGCCUUGCUUGUCGCUUAGAUUCACAUCAGCCCCGUGCUUCAGAAGGAGUUUAGCAAUCUGAAAUUAAAACAAAGCAGAAAUAAAAAAUUUCAAAAAUAAA